ACGACGAACUAGUGUCUUCUUUACGAAUCCAGCCGUCAUCGCUCUUUACUCCGGCCGGCGAAAUUAGGAGCUCAUUCUCUGUUACGAUUCUCUCUUCAAAGGGUUUAUAAGAGGAUCGUAUAAGAAUAAAUGGGUCGUUUCAAAAACAAUAAGAAGAGUAGGGUGAUUGUGAAGCCUAUAUCGAAGAAGAAUCAAGAGGAUGUUAGUCAUGUCACUGGUGAUAAGAUUCCCAAGAGUUUUGUCUUUUCUAGGAUGAAACUCCCUCCCUCUGUUAGACAACUUCAGAUGGAUUUGAGGAAGCUUAUGCUUCCCUACACUGCUCUCAGUCUUAAGGAGAAGAAGCGAAACACUUUAAGAGACUUUUUGAAUGUCUCAGGUCCAAUGGGUGUUACUCAUUUCCUUAUGCUUUCGAAAACUGCGUCUGCUCUGAAUCUAAGAGUAGCGAGAACACCUCAGGGACCUACACUUACUUUUAAAAUUCAUCAGUAUUCCUUAGCUUCAGAUGUAGCUCAGUCCCAGACUCGGCCUAGAUGUCCUCAAGAUCUUUUCAAGAGUCCCCCUUUGAUUGUCCUUUCUGGAUUCGGUUCUCAGGAGUUGCAUCUGAAACUGGCCACGAUUAUGUUUCAGAACAUAUUCCCAUCUAUUGAUAUUAACACUGUCAAGCUCUCCACAUGCCAGAGACUAGUACUCUUGAACUACAACAAAGACACAAAGCUCAUUGAUUUCCGCCAUUAUUCUAUAAGACUUCAGCCUGUUGGAGUGUCUCGCAGGAUCAGAAAAUUUGUGCAAAAUCAUCAGGUUCCUGAUCUUAGGAAUCUCCAGGAUGUUAGUGAUUUUGUUACCAAGGCUGGUUACGGAUCAGAGAGUGAAGGAGAUGAAGAAGCAGCAACGGUGACACUAUCAUCUGAUCUAGGUCGAGUUAACAAAGGUGCCACAAAGAGCGCAGUGAAACUGCAAGAAAUUGGACCGAGAAUGACUAUGCAACUCGUUAAAGUUGAAGAAGGGUUGUGUACAGGAGGAAUCAUUUUCAGCGAAUAUGAAAAUGUGGAUGGAAAGAAGGAAAACGUGAAGAAGAAAAAGGAUGAAGAGGCUGAUGAUGAAGAAGAAGAAGAUAGUGAAGAAGAAGAAGAAGGUGGAGAGGGUAGUGAAGAAGAUGGGGAAGGCAUGGAUGAAGAUUUUGAAGAUUGAAAAGAGUUUAAGUAGUGUAUAACACUGUUUUCACAUGAGACUUUGAAUGUCAUCAAGUUUUGUUCCUUGGAUCUCUAAGUAAUGAUCUAUUUGUCUGACUUGAAAUAUGAAAACUAUUAUUACAAAACCUUUUGUACUACGAAAACCAAAUUUCUUCUGAGAUUUAGUA